AUUCCAUGAAAAAAGUACCGUGAAAAUUACACUCGUAAUCUAAAAGUUCAAGGGAGAUACAUUUUAAGUAAAUUAAUUUUAUCUCCGGAACUACGUGACUGAACAAAAAACUCGAGUCGUCGCUAAUUACAAUGGCUUCACAUUUUAUACUGGAAUGUAAAGGCUGAACGUGUGGCAUCGCAAUAGUGCAUAGCAUAUUGAACCCGUAACGGUUUUUCAUAGACAAAAAUUCAAAUUGUAUGGGAUCAGCGGGUACCCGAGUUUGGGCCUCGGCCUCGGGGAUCGCAGGUGCCGUCGACAGUUGUGCACCGCUUGCUUAUCGAUCGAUUACGUUGCCAUGGCGACGGAUUUGGUAAAAUGAGAGUCUUUACAAUUCAUUUAAAACUACAAGCAAAAUUACACUUUAGGUUAUUAAAAACAACCGAAUAUGUAUUAAAUCUUCCUGUAAAAUAAUGCGUGAUAUAUUGAGAUGACUCACACUAUAGAAAGAGCCGAGAGCAUGCGCUGUCAGCUGCUCAGUCGGCUCAGGACAGCGGGCACCAGCUGACAGCCACGGCAGUCGAAGAGCCUUCGGUUGCCUGCUGCAAAAUUGCCUUUCAUACUGGCAGACUGACGAAGCAGAGCUGUGGAGAAAGUCAAAAGUUGCUGCACCAGAAUACCACCAAGAUGGCAGAAGAAUCUUUGGUGGCAGAGGCAGAGUGUCGAGUGAGUUCUGUGCUGGGGAGGAACACUCGGGAACUAGGAAAACAACAUCUAUUUGAUGGUUCUCCAGAGACAUGUUGGAAUAGUGAUCAAGGCAAUCCACAAUGGGUGGCCUUAAAAUGGGAUAAUCCAGUUACUGUCACAUCCAUCACUGCACAGUUCCAGGGAGGUUUCUGUGGCUCUCCUGAUACAUAUGUGGAAAUCUGUCAGGAAGGCAGUUCAAAGUGGGAGGAACUCGAGCCUUGGCACUUGGAAGAUGUAGGAGCUGUCCAGUCAUUGUGUCUCCAGCAGCCAACAGUCCUUAGCAAGCUCAGAAUCAACUUUAAGAAUUCAACAGAUUUUUAUGGAAGAAUAAUUAUGUACAAGUUGGAUGUGUUAGGCCAUAAAGUGUGAUAUUUUUCUGAA